UUCCGUGGAGAAGAAGAUUGCGGAGCAGUUGAAGGGGUUUAGCCGUGGGACACGAGGGCACGAGGCCUACAUGCUUUUGCCGUGCCGGUGAAGCAACAGUGAGGGCGUCGCGGAGCAGGGGUGGAUCACAUCGCAGCUUGCGACGAUCGAAGCCGGAGGCGAUACUGUCCUGUGAUCGUCGUGCGCCUAUUUCUAUGCGUUGGAUUCGUUCUCGUCGUUGCUGCCAGCCAUAGGGGAGUUCUCGACCGUCGUUUGCACUCCUGUUCGGUUUCCCUGCAGUUAAUUUAGGGUGAGUGCGGCAGUUCUCGUGGCGAUUCAGGCCGAUCGAGGGAUUUCGUAGCCAUUGCUGUGAGAAAUGGCUACAGGUAGCCGGGCGAGAGGUGUGGCGACAUUAGGGUUUAGGGUGCUGGCCGUGUCUACUCGAUCUGUGAAUGGUAGAUUUUCUUCUGCGUCGGGUUCCCCGUCUUCGCGAUUGCUCUCGGGUUUUUCAGGUCAAGUGGAAGACAGUUUAGCGAUCAGAACCUUGGGAAAUUGGACACCAGUGCGGGGGUUUAAGAGUGGGAGAGAUGACCCUAGUUUUAGGUAUGAGAUGUCUCCGCCCACGAAUUGGGGCGUGCGAAUCGUUCCGGAGAAGAGCGCGUUCGUGAUCGAGCGGUUCGGGAAAUACUUAAAGACUUUAGGAUCAGGUAUUCAUGUGAUGAUACCAUUGGUGGACAGGAUUGCUUAUGUGCAUUCCUUGAAAGAGGAAGCCAUUCCUAUUCCAAAUCAGAGUGCCAUCACGAAAGAUAAUGUGAGCAUUUCAAUUGACGGAGUUUUAUAUCUCAAGAUAGUUGAUCCUAUUCGGGCUUCGUAUGGAGUGGAAAAUCCAAUCUAUGCUAUCAUUCAGCUCGCGCAAACAACUAUGCGAUCUGAGCUUGGGAAAAUUACUCUUGACAAAACGUUUGAGGAGAGAGAUACACUUAAUGAAAACAUCGUCAAGGCGAUUAACGAGGCUGCUUCAGACUGGGGCCUCCAGUGUUUGCGGUACGAGAUUCGAGACAUAUCUCCACCUCCGGGUGUGAGGGCAGCUAUGGAGAUGCAGGCUGAGGCAGAGCGACGAAAGAGAGCACAGGUUCUCGAGUCCGAAGGAGAGCGACAGUCUCACAUCAAUAUUGCCGAUGGAAAGAAAAAUUCAGUAAUUUUGGAAUCCGAGGCAGCAAUGAUGGAUCAGGUGAACCGAGCCAAAGGAGAGGCGGAUGCUAUACUAGCCCGCGCCGAAGCAACUUCGAAGGGUAUCCAGUUGCUGUCACAGGCUAUCCGUGCUGAAGGAGGAUCCGAGGCUGCAUCUCUUCGUGUGGCAGAACAGUACUUACAGGCCUUCAGUCAGCUUGCAAAAGAAAGUACAACAAUGCUUCUUCCCAGUAAUGCUUCUGAACCAGCUGCUAUGAUAGCUCAAGCGUUGUCAAUUUACAAAGGUAUUGUUGGAGUAGAUGGUGUCUCUACUCGGAUGUCGCCUGAUGGUGGGCCUAAACCGAAGGAUCAAUCUUCGGGCCCUUGGAAGCCCACCCCUUUAGAUUCUGAAAAGGAUAAGAUUGGUCAGGAUCCUACUCGAGGUGCAUCAGAUAUCAACCGAGAACCACCUGUUCCCCGGAACUUCAGCCUUCAGACUCCGGCUUAAAGUGUUAGUGCUGCGUCACACGAGAAAACAACAUAUGCUUAUCGAAUUUAACCAUGUGUUCAAUUUCAGUAGAUUCCGCAGUGAAAGGUCAACCGUCGAGAACACAAGGACCAGGUUUUGUGAGAAUGGAUUGGUGGCUAGGUUAGGUAUUCAAAGGAAUGAGUUGCUGGAGCUAUGUUGGAGAAGUGCCCAUCCACUUGAUUGGAGGGCAAAUUUUGAUAUGACAGAUAUCACAAGUUAGGAUUUACCCUCAUGAUCUGUACCUAGAAACAUAUGUUCGUCAGUACCUCAUAAGUGGACUGUUAAUUUCAACCUGUAUACAUGUUACCGCCUCAUUUGAUGAGCUUGGAUAUUGGCCA